CAAAUAACAAACUAAUCACAAGACAAUUAACCGAACUAAAGCGCUAAAUAGUAAAAAAGCUAUAGAGGAGGAACAAACUAGAAAACGUUGAUCAAUUGAGAACAUAAAGCGAAAACCCUAAACCUAUUCAAUAUAGAAAGCAAUCCAAAGAAUAAAGAGUGCAGAAAUUUGCUUUGCAGCGCAGCUGUUAAUAAUUUUCUAAGAAAGUUAUUUUAAUAUCGGCGAGUUUCUACAACUCAACCACAUAGAAUUAUAAGUCUCACUCAUCAUGGAUAUCUUCGUUGACGCACGUGUUUUGUGGCUUAAAGUGUUUGUGGCUAACCAAAUGGGCAUUUUUGAGCCGGAAUAUGUGAACGCCUUGUUUGAAAAACAUCGGGAAGAGUUCGAUAAACUUCUGGAUUCACCAUUUCAGGAAAAUGCUGAUGUUAAGAAAAUUGUCGUCUAUUUAUGGCGAACAUUCUAUGAUAGACUGGUGGAAGAGGAAAUUAUUGUCUUGGAAGAAAUACCACCAUCACCGCCCACUGAAUCAGAGAAGAAAGAUAAAAAAGGUAAAAAGGGUGGAAAAGGUGGUGGAAAAGGUGGUGGAAAAGGUAAAGGCGGUAAACGACAAAAAGGAGGUGCAGAUGAGGACUUCACCGAACCAGAGGGAGUUGAUCCUGAAACCGGAACAGAUACAGGAGUGGAAACUGGCAUAGAAACCGGAGCAGAAACCGGAGCAGAAACUGGAGCAGAGACGGAAGCAGAAACUGGAGCAGAAACUGGUACAGAAACGGCAACAGAAGUACGAACGUCAGGAACAACAAGAACAACAAGAACUACAGUUACUAAAGAGACAACUACUACUGCAGAGACGGGAGCUGAAACGAAAACAGAAGCAACAACCGAAACAGCUCCAGAAACAGAAACAGCAACAGAAACAGCACCAGAAAGUCAAGUGAGCUCCGCACGUACAGGUAUGCUCAAUAUAUCGACUAUCUAUGAUCAUUUUCGACCAUCUUCGACUAUUUUCAGAAUCUAG